UUUCUUUUCAGGAGCGACUACAGUCUGCUGAUACAGGAGAGGGCGCUGGGUUAUCGAGGAAUGUUGGUCUAAGGAAGUGUCUGUACAACGACAUCUUGUACAAGAGGAACACGGUCAUAGAGAACCUUCCCGAAGCCUGCGCGCAGUUGGUGUGCAGGAUGAAGCGCAGGAAACCCAAAGUGGUUCUGGAACCCGUCGAAGGAUGCACGUGCUCACGCUCCGCCUCAAGAGUUCCGAAGGUCGAAUCCGAACCUGAAGGCGGCGAUGUAGCGUCUGAUGCCUUCUACGACACAGGCGCAAGGGCGGCUAGGAGUUGCUGGUUCAACAGGAGGCGGAGAGUGAACAGCACCGUCGCCAUUUUGGAGGACCACUGCGUCGGGGUCGUGUGCGUCUACAACGCGAGCGCCGCGCGAGCGGUGCUGGAGGCGCGCUUUCUCCCUGGAUGCGUCUGUGGCGAACUUACGACCGUGCCAGCAACCGAACGCCCCACCAACCUACCUACCGAAACCCCCACCAACCCACCCACACACCCUCACCAACCCACCCACCGAACCCCCAACGACCGCGCGCAGCUUGUGACUACGCCCAAUUCUCCGCCGAACACUCGAUGCUGCUGCCUCCCAACCCCGAGUGUAACGCCCACAGGAGCGGGGUUUCGGAGGCGGAGAAACUGGAGAUCCUGGAGGCCCACAAUACCCUAAGGGCGAAGGUGGCCCGCGGGGAGGAGAGCCAAGGAGACUCGGGUCCCCAGCCUUCAGGAGCCGACAUCAGGGAGUUGGUGUGGAAUGACGAACUCGCGCAGGUGGCUCAGGCGUGGGCGGAGCAGUGCAAGGGCGGCCACGACGGGUACGCCAAGAGGAAGAUCUGCAGCCGAGAUUACGCCGUCGGCCAGAACGUCUUCAGGAAGUGGGGCCACAACCCCGAUUCCGUAUGGACCGAAGCCAUCCAGUCGUGGUAUAAUGAGGUCGCCAACAUGCCUCAUACCUUCGUGGACCAAUUCACCGGUAGCCCCCCCUCUGGGAAGAUCAUCGGUCACUAUACACAGUUGGUCUGGGGAGCGACGAACGAAAUCGGAUGCGGGGCCGUAGACUUCUCCAGCAUCAAGAGCGGCACCACGUACCCCGAGAGCAAAGUGUACGUGUGCAACUACGGCAGGAACGGCAACAGCAUCAACUCUCCCGUCUACACGAGAGGUCCUGCGGCGUCCGAGUGCAGCGGAGGAGAGUCCACUCGGUAUCCAGGACUCUGCUUGUAGGAGAGAAAUUUGUAAUAUGUAAAAUGAAUAGAACAUUUCGGAUGGAAUUGGUUUUAAUUCUUUUUUACGAAAUUGUCAUGGAUUGGGUGGUGGUGUGCACACUAGUGGUUGCAUAUGAAGAUUGUUUCUCUGUAAAUUUAAUUGUAU